CCUCCAACAGCUGAAGAUCACGGCCAAGGAGAGCCCAAACAGAAAACUUAUAUAACAACCUUCUACCAUUCGGUAUUCUUUAGUUAAGUGUCAACCUUGGUACGGUCAAGAUCGUGCGAUCCUCUGCGAGCAGUGCGAAACUACGAUCUACUAGAAGCAACUUUCUUCCUGGAGAGUUGACUAUCUAGAAACGUUUGAAGGUGCCCUGGGUCCAGUUGUUCCAGAAAGAUUUAUUUCGAAUUCUUCGCAGAGUUUCCAAAUGUUUUUGAUACCUACGUGAAUGUGGCAAAUACCUAGCAAAAUUUGUUAAAAUAAUCGAAAUUUAUUGGCGAAACGUUGUUUCACAGUGAAAAAAAAAAACACACAGAAGUGUAUUACAGAACGAAGUGCUUCAAGAAGCAGUGAAAUCAAGAAGAUCAGUUAAAAACGAGAAAAAUACUGUUAUUGCAUUUUUGGGAGACAAGAGUCACUUGUGAAGGAAGUGAAAUUCUUCGGAUUGCAAAGGCCAAGUCACGAUUAGCUUUUUUGCGUUGAGCAAAAAACAACUGUCAAGACCAGAAGUGAAGUGUAAUACCCUCAGUAUCUGUGAGUUGGGUUGAGUUUGAUACCGAGCGCAAGCAGUUUCGCAGAUCCAACAUACACCAGCCAUUGGUAAAAAGGCCAAAACUUCCUAAACGGCGAAAAGAUCACUUCAGCCAAUUAAGAUUGCCAUCUUGACGAACUCCCUGUUGACACAAUAAACUGAACAUAAUAAGAGUCACAAUGCUACCGAGAUCAUUACAUUCGACUUUCCUAGCUUGCCUACUGCUAGCGUCUGCGCUUAGUAUAGAAGGUGCCAAGCGACGAUCCCGACUAGAUCUACCGAUCUCGAAACCUGCCGAUGCCCCGCUAGAGGAUAACAUUGCCACCGCGUCUGGUUCGGAUCCCGCAUACGAACGAGCGGAUCAGGUGGCAGUGGUUGCCACCAAUGCUGCUCCGACGGCUACGUCCACCGAAACGGACGCCGGAGCGAACAGCUCCGGCAGCGGUAGCUCAGAAAACAGCUCGCAGAUGAUUGACGAGUACACCGACGAGGACUGCGAUCCGGACUUUGUCGCGUUCGAACUAGUGACGGGAUAUGUUUUCUCGGCACCCAACAAACUGCUCGACUCCAUCCCCGGAACGCUGAUGUUAACCGACUGUCUUGAGGCUUGUCAAAGCAAUGACUCUUGCGCCUCUGUCAACUACGAAACUGGACUCUGUGUGCUGUUCUCGUCCAAUUCGGACAAAUUGCCAGGUGCUUUGACGAAGUCUCAGUUCCCGGUCUUCACCAUCUACGCCCAGAAGUCUUGCCUGAAGUUGCGCCCAUGCGAACGCGCCUGGUGCAUCGACAGGGUGCAAGGUUACAAGCUCAAUGGCCACGUUAAGCGCACCGCUCAGGUUGUCUCCCGCCGCGACUGUCUCGAGAUGUGUUUGGGAGAGAACGAAUUCACAUGCCGGUCCGCCAACUUCUAUCAGUCAACCCUUACCUGUGAGCUAUCGGAUAUGGACCGCAUCACGCUGGCUGGAUCCAGCGCAUUCCAAAGUGCUGCAACGUCCGACUACCUGGAGAACAACUGCGCCGAAGAGCCGACGAAACUGUGCGAGUUCAAGCGUAUGUCCGGCCGCAUUUUGAAGACCGUCGAUUCGGUUUACCAGGACGUUGCUAGCGUUGACGAAUGCCGUGAGCUAUGUUUGAGCUCCCCCUACCGUUGCCACUCGUAUGACUACGGAGAUACCGGAGAUAUGGUCUGCCGUCUGUCUCACCACAGCCGUGCCACUCUUGCCGACAUACAGGAUCCCUACCUGGACGUACCGGAAGCCGCUACUUAUGAGCUUUCAUCGUGCUAUAAUGUUUCCAUCGAAUGUCGCGCCGGAGAUAUGAUUGCCAAAAUUCGUACUUCCAAAUUAUUCGAUGGAAAAGUAUAUGCCAAGGGAGCCCCCAAUUCCUGCUCUGUCGAUGUUAAGAACUCACUUGAAUUUGAACUGCGCAUGGCCUAUCAGGAUAUCGACUGCAAUGUGCGCCAGAAUGGUCUUGGUCGCUAUCUCAAUGACGUCGUUAUUCAGCAUCAUGACACCAUCGUCACUUCUUCGGAUUUGGGUCUAGCCGUCACUUGCCAAUAUGAUCUAACCAAUAAGACCGUAUCGAACGAUGUGGACCUAGACGUUACAGGCGAUAUUGAACCUGCUUUGUCCGAAGAAGUGGUUGUAGACUCGCCCAACGUUGUUAUGAAGAUUACCUCUCGCGAUGGAUCGGACAUGAUGCGUACUGCCGAAGUCGGAGAUCCCCUUGCUCUGCGGUUCGAAAUCUUGGACCCACAAUCGCCAUAUGAGAUCUUCGUUCGUGAACUUGUUGCCAUGGAUGGAGUUGACAGCAGCGAAAUCACCCUUAUCGAUGCCCGUGGAUGCCCAACCGAUCACUUCAUCAUGGGACCAAUCUACAAGAGUGCCAACUCCGGAAAAAUUCUCCUAUCGCAUUUCGAUGCCUUCAAGUUCCCAUCUUCGGAAAUGGUUCAAUUCCGUGCUCUGGUCACUCCAUGUAUGCCAACCUGUGAACCCGUGCAAUGCGACCAAGACGAUUUUGUUGCCGGUGAACUCCGAUCCAUUGUCUCCUAUGGACGUAAACGUCGCUCCAUCAAUGCCACCGAAGAACAUAGUUUCCAUCGUCAACGUCGUGAAACUACACAUCAGGCUCCUCAGGAUGACAUGCUACUGGUCCAAUCUAUCCAGAUUACUGAUAAAUUCGGAUUUGAGAAACAACAGCAAGCGAAGCCUAAAAUCAGCAGCAGUGAAACAGUGUUUGUUGCUGCAUCAGAUUCACAAGGAAUUUGCGUUAAUGGACUCGGUCUUAUUGUUGCCGGAGCUGUAUUUCUUUUGGGUCAACUUGCCGUUAUUGCCAUCUGGACCUUCCUGUGGCAACGUCGCAGGAAGCAGCGUCAGUUCGAGAGUGCAUCGAUGGGUUCGUCUGUUAUGCCAAGCCCUGCAAUGGCCGUCAACCGAGGGGAUUCCAUGUGCAAGCUGUACGACAGUGGCUACGCCGGAAGGCACUUCUAAGCAUUCUCUUUCUUCCAACUACAUAUACAACACAUAUACCAUAUAAGGCUGAUCUAUUUCCACAUCCUCGUAAUUGACAGAUAGAUGUCCCCCAUAUCGAACCCCUUCAUUGCACAAAAUUCAUUAUCACACAUUUCUAAACUCCCUAUAGAGCACAUUUACUUGUUUUAGGAUUAGUUUUGCAUAUGAUUUUCCUAAUGCAGCUCGAUUCGAGUUGUGAGGAAAACAGUCUAGCAACAGAACUGCCAUUUAAUGGUCUACUUAUAAAUGUAGUAUUCUUCCUAAUUCACCAUCUGCUAAGGAAACUUGAUUUGACGAAAUUAGUAUUGUUGUGUGAGAAAGAAUACUAAAAGCUGAAUAGCACAAGGACCAGUAUUCUCAAGUCUCACCCUCGCGCGCCUUCAAAGUUUCCCUUGAAUGCUUAUUUCUACACCUCUUUUGACACCAUAUAGCUCGAAAUUGAAAAAAAAAUCAGCAUUCCAUGUAGACGAUACUCUUAGGAGGUCUACAGAAGAUUAAAAACAACCAACUAAUCUUUAUGUUUUACAUUCCCAGAGGAGAAUAGGACGACUGGAGUAUAGAGCUCAUUUUUAUGUGGUACGGAUGAUUGUGAUAGGUGUGUUCUGAAACCGAUAUAGUAUUCUAACAAACAAAAUCGAGUUUGCUGAAAUUUAAUGAUGUGUGCGGAAUUGAUUAUGAGUGCGCGUGACUUAGGUUUAACUAAUCUAUCAUUCUCGAAAAAAAAACACAUUAACAAAAUUAUCUUUUCUAACACAAAAAAUUAUACUCCUUUGUCCUUUUCUCCCGAGCACUGAGCAUAGGGAAGAGACGAUUUCCCGUAAAGGCCAAACGACACCUAAAGCUUGGAGUUCAAACAAACGCGAUCGUUUUGGUUUAUUUGAGCUCCACGCGCACAAAAAUACUGACCGGAAACGGAAAAUCCGAAUCAAGCUCUAAGCUCAAUUUUAAGCAUUUAUCAUAAUUUAUUUUUUAUUCAUUAAUCUCCUUACGAUUAGUAACCAUCAGUGCAGAUAACCAACAACACUAGCUGAAACCUCUCCCAAUCUGUUUUGUAAUUUAUUUUAGAACUACUGAAAUAUAUUCUUAAUAGUUACAAAACGAAUGCAAUAAGAGAUAAAUAGAACAAAAAAUCAAAUUCAAUAUUAGCAAUGAAACUAUACUAACUGACCGUACUUGUAGAUUACAUAGCAGUAGCAGCAAAAACAUAAUUAAAAUACAGAAGCUUCCCUUAUUUCACUAUUCCAAGCUAUUUAUUUAUAGUCUCGUAGCUUACUAACCAUUCAUCAUCAAGCAUUAAUUGUGACUUACAGAAGAAACACACUUGAUACAACAAAAAUAACAUCGAGAAACACCGAUUAAAAGUCAAACAUUAAUAUAUAAUUGCAAAAAAAGGAAAACGAACGUUAGUAAAAAUGAAACGUAAUUUAAAAUCUAAUUUUAAGUGAACAAUAAAACAAACAGCGAUACGAGAUCAACGCGAAAUAUGAUCACGAAAAGAAUAUAAUACAUAAAAUACAUAUGCAUAUGUCUUCUAUGUAUUCGAAAACAACUACACAUAAUGUAAAACAUUAUUUUUAUGAAUAAAAUAAAAAUUGAAAACAUA